AUGGCUGAGAAAAAUCAUACCAUCUUGACGGAGUUUUUCUUUAUCACAUUCACUGAACACCCAGAGUUGGGACUUCCUCUCUUCCUGUUUUUUCUGGGUCUGUAUGUCAUCACCUUGUUGGGGAAUUCAGGGAUGGUCUUUCUAAUAUGCACAGACUCCAAGCUCAGCACCCCCAUGUACUUCUUUUUGAGCCACCUUGCUUCUGUGGACAUCUGCUACUCCUCAGCCAUCACUCCUCAGGUACUGGCCAUAUUGCUCAAGCAGGGGCUAGUUGUCUCCUAUGAAUGCUGUGCUGCCCAGUUUUUCUUCUCCACCUUCUUGGGUGCCACUGACUGUUACCUCCUGGCUGCCAUGGCUUAUGACCGCUAUGUGGCUGUGUGCCAGCCUCUGCUACAUAUGACUAUCAUGACCAAGAAGACUUGUGUGGUUUUAGCAGCUGCAUCUUAUGCCGCUGCCCUAUUUGCCGCCACAGUACGCACCGCAGCUGCCUUCACCCUCUCCUUCUGUGGCGACAACCAGAUUGAUUUUGUCUUUUGUGACCUCCCACCCCUCCUGAAGCUUACCUGUGGGGACAGCUCCACCCAGGAAUUGGUGAUUGUUGUGUUUGCUAUUUUUGUGAUCCCUGCCUGUAUGGUGGUGAUCCUGGUCUCCUACUUGUUUAUCUUCAGGGCUAUUCUGCUCAUCCCUUCAGCUGGGGGCAGAGCCAAGACCUUCUCCACUUGUGCCUCCCAUAUCAUGGCAGUUUCCCUUUUCUUUGGUACACUCAUCUUCAUGUAUGUGCGAUCGAAUGAAGGGAAUUCCCUGCAGGAGGACCGGAUAGUGUCAAUGAUGUACACGAUCAUCAUCCCUAUGUUGAACCCCCUCAUCUAUAGUUUGAGGAACAAAGAGGUGAAGGAGGCCAUGAGAAAAGCUUUGAGGAAUGCAAAGUUCUUCAGGAGAGACCUUGGUUGA